AUGGGUCUUCCGGAACGAAGAUUCAUCGCGCUUGCUCUUUCAUUCACUAUCGGAGCCGGUACGCAAUUGCUGUAUUUGAAAUGGAAGCAACCGGAACUACCGCCACCACCUUGCUAUUCACCAACUCUGGUAGCACUUACGGUUGAGGUUCGUUAA